UCUGAUAUAAAAAGCACGGAACGUGUGUUGAAAAAAAAAAGAAUUGACUCGCACUGUCUUUGAAUCCAGCGCUAAAGUAGGCACUGGAAACAUUUGGAAUAUUUAGAAUAUAAAAUAAAAAUUUGUAAUAUUCGCGAUAAACACUGCGAGUAAAGGGGAGGAUCGAGAAUUGUUUUUGCAAUAAACUUUUUUGUGAUACAAAUCUUUUUUAUCGCCUGUAUUAACAUAUACGUACGUGUUUCAUUGCGAAUUAAUUAUCAUAUAGAUCACGAGGACUCGAACUGCUGUAUUAUCUUUAUUAUAGAUCCUACCUUAUUACGUUAUCAUUCAUAAUUAAUAGAAGCAUCGCGUGCAGUGUCUCUCAUCGAUCGAUGGAAAUGCCAACGAAUUAGAUAGAGAAUGAUUAUAACACGAAUCUUUUUCUCUAUUACAAACAUUUACUUUAAUAUCCAUUCGCGUGGAUUUGAUCGAAAGAAAGAGUGACCCGCGAACGAAAAGGCAUGUCAAAAAUACCGAAAAAUAUAUCGGAGAAGACACAGGAGAAAAAUAAUUAUUUCUACGAAAAUGAGAUAUUACCGGACUUCCAAUCUCGUUGGGGAGCUACGUUGAAACAAAAGAAAUCCGUAUUCGAACAUUAUCCAAAUCAUAUCGGCAUGCCAAUUAUCAGUGCGAAAUCGAACGCAGGAAAAUAUUUUGUAGAAUUUGCGAGUUCUUCGUCUGUACAUGGCUUAAAUCAUUUGGUAACACCAAAUAGACAUCCCGUUGAGAUAUUUCUCACCGUCUUCUGCAUUCUUGGAGCUCUAUUGUGCCUGAUCUUCUUGUCGUUUCUACUCUGGAAUCGUUGCCAGAAUAAUGCUACGGUUAUCGUGGUGGAUACUGAUCGGGACCAAUUUGUAACAUUGAAACCAGCGCUGUUUAUUUGCCCGGUACCAAGUGUGGAACUAAAGAAGAUUCCAUAUGUAUUCAAAAAACACGGUAUUAAACACACACCAGAGGCAGAAGAGUUCUUCGUCUUUCUUGGCAACGUCACUUAUGAAAAUAUGAUGAAUACACCUAUCUUCGACGAAGUUCCAGCGAACAAGUGACUAGAAAUACUUUACGACUUGAAGAACGAUAUUUCUCCGAAUAUUCUGAAAGGGAACGACCCUUAUGAAACAUGGGUAAUGACAGAAAGAGGCGCGUGCUUAACAACGAGGAGCAUCUUCGCAAUCUAUGCUACUUUAAACUACUGGAAGAACGACAACUGGACCAUUAUUCCUAUACCAGAAAAAUUACCAUUGUACGAUUACAACAUCGAUGGCAUACAAGAAAAUUUCGCCGUGGAGCAUAUGGCUUUGAUCGCCGCAUCUGAUCCUUUUGAGCUGAUAAUAUACAACACUCCAAUGAGAUGGAUAAAACCAAAGAUGCUGCAACGUGCCAUCAUGUCGAUAACUCAGAUUAAUAUGAACCCAAACGUUAAAGAGCUUCGUGCUCAUCAAAGAAAUUGCAAAACUAACAACGACGGUGGUUUAAAAACGUGGCCAGUGUAUACGAGAAAUAUGUGCACCAUCGAAUGUAGGAUGAAAGUGAUACUGGAUAAAUGCAAUUGUCGUCCACAUUUUGCCAGGCCCAUUGAGGGUGUAGACACUUGCAAUGCCACGCAACUUCGAUGUAUCGGAAAAGCGAAGCAGAGCCUUUUUCUGUUCCAAUAUCCACCCCGUUCUUGCGAAUGCACUCCAAAUUGCAAUAUCUUUACCUAUCAAAUCAGAGAUAGUGAAAACACCGAACUAACCGAUACACCGAUAAAUAUGUCUGUUAUGACUUUAAUCGUCGAGCUUCCGCAAAUUAUCUAUCACCGAGCAUUGUUGUACGGGUUUAACGAUUUUCUAACUGGUGUUGGAGGAGCAGCAGGAUUGUUUAUGGGAGCCAGUGUACUAUCCUUCGUUGAAAUAUUCUAUUAUGGCACCAUACAUUUGUACUUUUACGUGAAACGAAUGAAACAGAGACGCAAGAAAAGGGCAAUCGGUAUAUCUAACUAAGAACAUCUUUAUCUUCGGAGGAAGGAGAAUUCGAGAUGCACAAACGCGAAGUAUUUAAAAAAUAUUGUUUAUUGUAAACAUUGUUACCUCUUUCCGACAGGACAGAUGUAAAAUAAAUAUCAUUACAUACACAUACAACUGUACACGCAACGAGUCAAGAUCGUGCAAUGAUUGUACAUCAAUUUACAAAGAGACUCAAGAGCAGAAUUACGAUGAAUACUUCUCGUUUUGAUUUAACUUUCCCAUAUCGACACAAUCGAUCAUAAGACUAGCUAGAAGGACGCUAAAAUGUCACUGAACGGAGUUCCAGGUUCCUUUGCUGCUGCUUCGAAAGUUUCCACGAAAGCUUCCCUCUGAGUGUCCUUAGAUAACUAUUGAAAAGUGACCACGUUAUUUGGUAUCACGCGCUGACUUUAUCAUAAAAUUUCAUACCUUUCGAUAGAAGUCCGAAGCAGCGAUGCACAAUAUCUUCUUAUCCUCGUAUUCGUAUUUUCCAAUCCUUGAUUGAAUAUAUGGAAACCUGAGUAGAUUGUUAAGAAAAGUUUU